CCGCAAUAGAAAAUUUAGGAACUUCGCAUAGUUCUGAUUUCUUUGAAACGUCAAAUAUUUCAAAAUCAUCGAAUUCUUCUCAAACUUUCGCUACAUUUCCAAAUAAUGAUUUUGAUAAAGGUCUAGAUGCGCCAUCUCAAAUUUUGAGUAAACAUAAAUAUUUCAAACCUUCUGACAAAGAUUGGAAAAGACUACAAUGGUCAGUAGAUGAAGCAAAUUGGAAUAUCACCAACAAUAUUGUAGAAAUACCACUUAAGAACAAA